UACCACAGUGUGCAGUGUACAUCACCCAUCGGCAUCCUGAUACAUGGUGUCAGGAGUGAGUCGUUCCCAUGGCUGAAGGAAACGUCAAAGGGCUUGAGAAGCAACCCAAGCGUGACGAGGAGUCUGACAGAGAUGCCGCAUCCCGAACAGCGCCCAAUCAGGUAAGCACGGUACUGGUGCAAGGAGUGUUGACAACGCCCAGGCCUUUAUGCGUCGAGGGCGACGGAGCGCGCAACUGGCGUACUUGGCGCCAAAUGUGGGAUGCUUAUGCCACGGUGUCCCGGAUAUACGAACAAUCUGACGAAUACCAACUAGCGACGUUCAUCAUGUGCCUGGGAGAGGCUGGUGUGGAGGUGUAUAACGCAUUAAGUUUCAAUAACGAGGCAGACAGACGCAGCCUGGCCGCGGUCUUGUCAAAAAUGGAGCAACAUUUCAUUGGCACAAUGAAUGUUACGUAUGAGCGGUUUGUUUUCAGAACCAGGACGCAAGGACAAGGAGAGACUUUUGAGCAGUACUUACUAGCCCUUCGCACUCUUGUCAAGACCUGCAAUUUCCAGGCAAUGUCAGAGGAUAUAAUCCGGGACCAAAUUGUCUGUGGAAUCACAAAGAAGUUCUUACGCAAGUCUUUGCUGGAACGAAAGGACCUGAGCCUGUCCGUCUGUAUUGAUAUAUGUCGAGCAGCAGAGCGAUCUACACAGCAAUCGAAGGUUAUGCGUGGUCAUGAAGAGGUACACGCAAUGCGCCAGUCAGUCAGACGCACAUCAAUGCCACAAGCAAAACCAAAGGCAAGCAAGAAAACAUGUGGAUACUGUGGGCAACAACAUGCGAAAGGAAAAUGCCCAGCUUAUGGCCACGAAUGCACAGCACGUGGAAAGAAGAAUCAAUAUGCUGGGGUGUGUUGA